GGAGCUACUCCCCAGCGGCUAGAUCGCGUAAUCGACGGAAUUAAGUCAAGCAUUUCCUUCCAUCAGUCCAUAGGCCACCGAUCAUGCCGAUUGCGCCCAACAUUCAAAUUGAACAUUAAAUUGACAUACACAGACCGAUGACUCCGAGUGACAUUUGCUAUCCGAUAGUCAGCCAUAUAUAAUCUGCAGGCAGUAAUUGGUACAAGACUUGAGGUGACUGCAGAUGCCAACUGCAUGCGCCAUCCAAUGAUCAGCCUCAGAUGAUCUAUUGAGGGAUAUAACUAGACUUCAUUAGUUUCAGCUUUGUAAUCAACAUGGCACUUGUUGCAGAUACCCAACAUGCAGUGGAGCUGCUGCAUAGCAUGCAGAAUGAGCUGCAACAGAAGGGAGACAUGGAGCUAGACCAAGAUCUGACUGACAUGAUUGCUAUGAUGGAGAGUCCUCUCUUCACUCAGCUCUUGACCCUUCAGCAAUCUAUGCGUCAGCUGAGAGAUCAUGUAGAGUCCACACCCCCAGGACAACCUAUUGGAGAGUUUGACUUCACACCUAGUGGAGAGCUCCUGAUAGAAGAGCCAGCCAAACCUGAACCAGGGUCUCCCGAUAGCAGCCAAGCAGGCCAUCCAUUUGCCUAUGAGAAUAAGAUUGAUUUGGAAGAUGAAGCUAUUACGGUGGAGUCAGCCACUGCAGAACAGAGUGCUCCACCCCCUGCCCCUCAUUCAGACACUGAUGAAGUAGACACUCUGCUGGAUUCCAUAGCAGAGUUGGCUAUGGGCAGAGAGGUGCGGACAGUCAAGCUAAUGAAGCCAGAGAAGGGAGGUCUAGGGUUUAGCGUGGUGGGGCUAAAGAGUGAGAACCAUGGAGAACUUGGCAUCUUUGUCCAGCAGGUUCAGCCUAAUGGGGUGGCAGACAAGAAUGGUGACCUUCGAGAGAGUGAUCAGAUCCUAGCCAUCAAUGGACAUUUACUGGAUGCUAGUGUGUCACAUCAAGAGGCCAUAGUGAUGCUACAGAAGGUCAGUGGUCUUGUGGAGUUGGUUGUAGCCAGGGGUGUCUUCCAAAUACCUGUGGGUGCUAAUAGUAGUAAGGACUCAGCAGAGAAUCAGAACAAUGAACCACACUCUGGCCCAGAGCCAAUGAUCUCUGAGGAUGAUGGUGAACCGCAGCACAACAUUGAGCAGAUCGACCUGUACAACGAUGGGUCUGGCCUAGGCUUUGGGAUUGUAGGAGUUCAGGAUGUUGGCAUCGUGGUGAAGACCAUUCUACCAGGAGGUACUGCUGAUAAGGAUGGACGUCUACAAAGCGGCGACAUUAUUCUCCAAAUCGGUGAGACGCCCCUGCAAGGCAUGAACUCUGACCAGGUUGCCAUGGUACUCAGACAAGCUGGUAGCCAUGUGCAUCUGACUGUAGCUAGGGGGACAUUUCCUGCCCAAGAACCUGUGACAGACGCCCAGAGAACUGCCCAGCCGGAACCUAUGAUACAGGCACAGCAAACAUCAGAGGUGCAUUCUCAACCGCCACCACAAUAUGCCAUGGAUGAGGUGGAUGGCCUGCAGGUAUUUGAUGUUGUCUUAGAAAAAGGAGCAGAGGGAUUGGGAUUUACCAUAGCUGGCUAUGUGCGGGAUCUCGGCACAGGGGAAGUGUCUGGGAUCUUCAUCAAGAAGAUUGCAGAGGGAAGUGCUGCUGAUCGCAAUGGCAAAGUCCAAGUCAACGAUCAAAUUAUUGAGGUGGAUGGGCAGAGCCUUGAAGGAUUCACUAAUGUUGAAGCAGUUAACUUACUUAAAAGCACUGGGAGUGUAGUUCAUGUCAAACUAGCCAGGCACCCACCUGGCACUCUGGAUAUUUCAAAUGUCAGCAUGGACCAUCCUGAUAUUGCUGCUGCAAGAGAUGCUGAGGAACACAUUGAACCCCAGCAUAUUGAUAAUGAAGAAGAAGCCCCACCCAUAGCGCCACCUGCCUACCCUCCCCCUGCUGGUGUCAUACUCAUGGAGCCUGGCCAAGCGGAUACUACGAAGGAUAAAUAUGAAGGUGAGCUUGAUCCAGAGACAGAAGCCUCCAUCGUUGAUUUAUGGCAAGAUAUUCUGGGAAUGGAAGUCAUUAUUGUGGUGGCACAGUUGAGUAAGUUCCGUGAAGGAGGUGGACUUGGUAUAAGUCUGGAGGGUACAGUAGACAUAGAUGAAGCUGGGGAUGAGGUGAGACCUCAUCACUACAUUCGCUCUGUCUUACCUGGUGGACCGGUGGGACAAAAUGGCCGACUUCAGAGUGGAGAUGAACUCUUGGAGGUGAAUGGAGAUAGACUGCUGGGUCUCAACCAUGUGGACGUUGUCAAAACUCUCAAGGAACUUCCUAUGCAUGUACGGAUUGUGUGUGCACGUCACCCUCACCCAGUCUUCCCUGAGACACAGGCUGGUGAGGAAGCUCAGGUUGCCUCUAGCCCACAACAAGACAGCCCUGAUGCCAUAGAAGAAGUCAUCGAAUCCAAUGAGAUCAGCCUGCAGGAAUCAGUUCCCUUUCCUGAGGUAGCUGUUGCUGGUGCUGCGUUGGUGGUACCUGGUGAGGAUGAGGAUACAGGUGAUGCCACAAGAUCCUCACUGUCUAGAGACUCUGUGAGUGGUCUGGCUGUAUGGGAUGACCAGCUACAGACAGUAGAACUCAUCAAAGGAGAUAAGGGACUAGGCUUCAGCAUUCUGGAUUACCAGGAUCCCCUGAAUCCUUCCAAGACGGUGAUAGUAAUCCGUAGCCUAGUACCUGGUGGUGUGGCAGAGCAGGAUGGUACGCUGAUCCCUGGUGAUAGACUAGUCUUUGUCAAUGACAGUAACUUGGACAACUGUUCCUUAGAGAUGGCUGUACAGGCCUUGAAAGGAGCACCACAGGGUCCGGUCAAACUCAGAGUUGCUAAGCCGUUACCCCAACCUGCAGAUGAUAGUGCCUUUGAUGGAGAAGAGCCCAUGAUAAUGGCACAACAGGUAUCGUCAGUCCAUCAAGCCCCGCCCUCAGGCUUCCAAGAUAUCUCCGCCUAUGCUGAGGAGCUGCAGCAACUUCAAGAGAUGCAGAAGGCACUUGAGAAUUCUCAGAAACCACCAUCUUCCAAGAUGGCUCCCACGGGACCAAUUGUAAAAGAGGAAGCUAUUAGUGCCAGCAUUGUUGCUGAUGUAGAAUCCAGCAUGGAUUUUGGUCAGAUACUGAGUGACAGACCAAAGGACACGCCUGCCGAGAGCAAGACCACGCCUUCUUCUAGCAAGACCACGCCUUCUUCUAGCAAGACCACGCCUGCUACUAGCAAGACCACACCCCCUGACCUAGUGCUGGCUUCAUCAGUUGCAUUGCCUGCAUCAAAGCCUGCAGAGACUGUCACUGCUACACAGGUGACUGCAGUCAAGAGUAUUCCACCUGAGCCUAAGCGUCAGCCGCCUCCACCCCCACCCAAACCCAAACCCAGUCCACGUAACAGUGCCGUGAUUGCAACCACAGCAGCCGUAGUGCUAGCCAGUGGAAUAUCUGAGUCCAAUGACCCUCGUAUCACAGCUGUCUCAACAAGCCAUUCACCAUUAGGGAAACGUGGCUCAGUGAUACUACCUACCAGCUUGGAGAAAAGGAUUGACCUGAAAAAGGGAAAUGCUGGCUUGGGCCUGACUGUCAAUGCAGACAAAUCCAAUGGUGUAGUGGUUAAGAGUAUUAUCCGUGGAGGCGCUGUUCAUCAUGAUGGACGCUUGGCUGUCGGGGAUUACAUCACAUCAGUCAAUAGUAGUUCCAUGCGUGGUAUGACCAAUGCAGAAGCGAGAGCCAUGCUCAGGAGGGCCUCUUUGGUAGGAGAUGAAAUCAGUAUGACUUACAUCCCUGCUAGUGAGGCAUCAGCUUACCGUGAUGACCACACCACUCAACCAAGCUCCCAAGAUGAUAAGUUUGCCUUGCCUCUCAAAGACCAACACACCGAGUCUGUCAAGCUUGCUUCUGUUGCACUGUCCCCAGUCAGUGUUGCCCCAGGGAGUGAUAAUGAACAAGAAGUACGCACUGUACGACUUACUAAGGAACCCAAUAAGAGCCUGGGCAUCAGCAUCGUUGGAGGACGUGCUAGUGAUGGUCAACCAGUGGAAGGUAUCUACAUCAAGCAUGUCUUGGAUGAUAGUCAGGCUGGUAGGACUGGGGCACUGAAGACCGGAGACCGCAUCUUGGAGGUGAAUGGAUGUGAUCUACGAGAUGCUAGUCAUGACUAUGCUGUAGCCAUCAUCCGCAAUGCUGCUAGUCCUGUAUGUUUCAUUGUGCAGAGCUUAUCACCUGGAACCAAUAUGCCAAUGGGCAAGGUCUCUGUCAUUCCAGCUGCAGAAGAAGAGAUAGUUGCCAAAGUUACCAAGGAGACAGAGGCAGCCCCUACCUCACUGGAUGUAGCUGACAGUCAUCUGGUUCCUCUGUCACCUCUCAAGCAUAAAUUGUCUCUGAGUGGAUCUGAAGAUGAGGAUACGCAAAGCAAAGACGGAAGCUCCAAGGAAUUGGACGGUGACUACGCUGGACUUGCAGGAGAGAUCUUUGUCAUCAAGCUGACCAAGUCAUCACAAGGUCUUGGCAUCAGUUUGGCUGGUAAUCGUGACCGUUCUAAGAGAAGCGUGUUUGUUGUGGGUGUGGAUCCCGGUGGUGCUGCAGCACAGGAUAAACAACUUCAAGUUGCUGAUGAGAUAUUGAGUAUCAAUGAUGUGUCAGUUUAUGGCAGAUCUCACCAGAAAGCAUCAGCCAUCAUUAAGGACAUCCCUAAGGAUGGAAAUGUGCAACUGAUUGUCAGGCGCCACCCUCAGGCAAUAGAUCAGCUGGCUGUUACGCCUCUCACACUUACCCAGUCUGAUAAGCAAAGACAUUUCCAGUUGCCAGACCUCACCCAAUCGGAAAGUGAAUUUUCUUCCUACCCGAAUGUGCACACCAUCACUAUCAACAAGGGUAUAAGAGGGCUUGGCUUUGCUGUCUAUGAACAACAAGAUUCCAAGGGAAAGUGUGGCAUCUUUGUCAGAGAUGUCACCACGGGAGGAGCUGCUUAUGAGGAGGGAAGCCUACGGACUGGUGAUCACGUCUUAGCGGUCGAUGGAAACAGCCUUGUUGGUACCAAGAAAACUGAGGCUAUACUGGUGCUCAAAGCCACAGAUGGACAGGUUACACUAACCGUCAGCUCAGAGCGUCCCUUCAUUCAACCUCAAGCUACUGGAGAAUUAACCAAAGUUGAUCAUCAAGAUGAACCAGUUGAAGAUGUCAUCACAGUGUCAGCAGUCAGUGAAGAACAGUCUGCACCUCCAUGGUUGAUGGAAGACAGUCCUGCGCUGGAUCUGGCUGCAAGAGGUGGUAGUAAAGAGGUACAGCACUCAGGAGAAGAUGAGACCAACCAGCAAGAGGCAGCGAAAGAUGAAAGGAAAGAGUCUGAGGAGAGAAGAGAUGAAAAUGAGAAAGAUGAGGUGUCAAAGGAUAAGGAGGAGGGUGCAGAUGAGGUUAGAGAAGUUAAAGGAGGCAAAGAUGAAGAGAAGACAAGAAAGGAUAAAGACAAGGAACAAGAUGAAGUCAUCCAAUCAUCUGUGGCGGAGAAACAAGAAAAUGAACCCACCAAGGAAUUGGACAGCAUGAAGAAAGUCCCUGCACCAGACCUGCUGCCUUCAGAUACCCCUUCAGCCCCUGUCCAAGCUCCUGAGCCUGCACACACUACUACCCCUGCACCCACUACUACCCCUACACCCACUACUACCCCAGCACCUACUACUACCCUUGCACCUGCUACUACCCCAGCACCUACUACUACCCCUGCACCUGCUACUACCCCUACACCUGCCACUACCCCUGUACCCGCUACUACCCUUGCACCUAUUGCUACCCCUGCACCUGCUACUACCCGUGCACCUGCCACCACCCCUACACCUGCUGCUACCCAAGCACCUGCUUCUCCCCCUGCACCAGCUUCUACACCUGCACAAGCUUCUACCCCUGCACCAAUUACUGCCACUGCACCCUCUACUACUCCUGCACCCACUGUUAGUCCUGCACCCACCGUUACCCCUGCACCCACUGUUACCCCUGCACCCACUACUACCCCUGCAUCCAUUUCUACCGCUGCACCCACUACUACCUCUGUACCCACUAUUACCCCUGCACCCACUUUUUCCCCUGCACCCACUUCUACCCCUGCACCCACCCCCAGUGGGCCUGACCCCUACACAUGCCCCAUAGUGCCUGGUGCACAGACAGACAUCAUCAUUGACAAAGGGAAGACAGGUCUUGGACUGAGUAUUGUAGGAGGAACAGAUACACAGCUGAAUAUCGUGGUGGUUCAUGAGGUGUAUGAGCAUGGAGCAGCCGCAAGAGACAACAGACUGUGGCCUGGAGAUCAGUUGAUUCAGGUGAAUGGUAUAGAUUUAACUAACACAAAGCAUGAUGGUGCCAUUGCUGCACUGCGCCAGUCUCCUAACCAUGUUUGCCUGAGAGUGUUCCGUGAUCAUCAAGCUAUCAGUCAAGGAGCAGUAGAUGAGGACGGGGAGGAGGAAGGGGCGGAGUCAGAGGAGAAACCGGAGGAUGAGUAUGAUGAGAUGCUGAGUGUGGAACUCCAACAUACACGAGGAAGGAGUCUUGGCCUGAACAUUGUAGGCAAAACGUCAGGUCGAGGUGUAGUGAUUUCCAUGAUUCUUAGAGGCAGUGCUGCUCAUGCUGAGGGUUCAAUGAAGGCUGGUGAUCAUAUCUUAUCUAUCAAUGGGCAAGAUGUACAGGAGGCUACACGGGAAGAAGUAGCUGCAAUACUCAAGGCAACUGACGGGCAUGUGCUGUUUGAAAUCGGCCGAAAGAAAGAUUUGGGCAAGACAAGCAAACAAGAAGAUCAAGUCGCUAAGACCAAGAGCCAAUCAACUUCCAAACAAGUGCGUCAUGUGGAGCUGAGGAAGGUACCAGGAGAAUCCUUAGGUCUGAGCAUAGCUGGGGGUAAGGGCAGCGAUAUGGGAGAUAUGCCGCUCAUUAUAGCCUCUAUCAAUCCUGGCAGUCAGGCAGACAGGAACAAACAACUCAAGGUGCUGGAUUGUAUUGAGAGCAUCAAUGGCCGCAACGUGGCUGGUCUGAGUUACGCUAGUGCCAUCAACCUCUUGAAGACGUCUCAAGGAGUGAUUCAGCUGGAUGUGAGUGAGCUCAGCCCUAGCAAGAAGGACUGGUAUCUGAGAAACCAGAGGAGUAGUAAUCCUGCAGAUAGUAUGGUAGCUGUCAAGGCUAGUGUCAAAGCACAGCCUGCUAUACAUGCAGCUAGUGUGGAGGAGGCUAGUGCUGGACGUCUGAAGCAUAUUGAGUUGCAACGUGGAUUGGAUGGUCUAGGCUUCAGUAUCGUUGGUGGUCAUGGUAGCCCUCAUGGUGAUCUACCUAUCUAUAUCAAGACAGUCUUCAAUAAAGGUGCAGCCGCUGUGAGUGGUGAGCUCAAGAGAGGAGAUCAGAUUAUAGCAGUCAAUGGAGAGAGUCUGGAAUCAGCUACUCAUGAACAGGCUGUGGAUGUACUCAAACGAGCUAAGGGAAAGGUGGUCGUUACAGUCCUGGCUUGAACAGAUGACAGUCUGUAUUUACUUAUCCAGGAAUACUUACAAUACAUCAGUGUGUGACAGUGUUUUAGUUGAUUCCAUCACAAGUCCAUCACAAGUCACUGUACAAAUUCAGUCAUACGAAAUGAAGUCUGCACAAAUUAAACAAGCCAAACCUUGAGGUUCAACCCCAAGGAACCUUGUCAAACCCCGUAGCACGUGAAGGUGAACCACGAGUUACAGCCUGUUUAAUUUCACAGUCUCCUCUAACAGGGAAUAAAUAAUUAACAAAUGCUUUGGCACAGUUCAUUGGAAUAGCUUAUGACUUGUCUUGAGACUGAAGGACUAGUGAUGGACUUGUGAAGGCUUGUGAUGGAGUGGACUUCAAGACUGGUGUGUGGCUUCAGAUGAGAAGAAUUUAUGUCUUUGGCAUAACUUUAGGGGCAAUUAGGUUGUGGUUUUUGGUUCAGUGGCAGUCUAGCCAAAAAACAGAAGUAGCCCAAAAGAAAUGACGUCUUGGUUUAAGGACUUGAAACACUUUGAGAUCAAUAGGCCUGUGUUUCUUUUCCAUUAAUAAAAAGCUUUGUUGUUUUGUGGCUUGUUGAGUUUCUCCUUGUAGCUUCUCUCCUUAAAAAAAAAAAAAGCUCCCCCUCGAAAAUAUUUUAUUUUAUUGUAUUAAAGAAAGAAGACAAAUGCCAUAAAUAUGUGCACUUGUUGCAUAAUGUGCAUUUUAAGAUUUGAAGUUUGUACAUUUGUUUAUGGCUUAUAGUUCCAAUUUGAUCAGUUGCCGUGAAAGAUGAUUAUAUUUAGGAGUUAACGUACUUAGAAAUGAGCAGUGCAAAUUUAAAAAUGGUCACAUCAGCUAACAGUGUUUUAAUUUUAAAAAUAUGUUUUAAAGCAAGUGAUUUUAGCUUUUAAGUUGUUAUUAUGAUGUUGUUAUAUUUACUAUUGAUUUAAGAAAAUUUAAUUGAUUUUAUGUCGAAAUAAAACUAAUUAAUAAUUCUUUUAUUAAUUUUAAAA